AUGGAUGGGAAGCCCCUGGAUCCUGUCCUGCUGUUGAAAAGCCAUGGUGCUGUCCUGGGUCUGGCUGUCGACUGGAUCCAUGAGCAUCUCUACUGGACCAGCGCUGGCACUCACUCCAUCGACGUGGCCCGUCUGGACGUCUCUGCACAACGCCUGCUGAUGGGAGGGCUGGCCAUGCCCACUGGAGUGGCUGUGGAACCCUUGUUGGGGCUCCUGUUCUGGGCAGAAGGUGGCAGCUCCCCCAGGAUCGAGUGUGCUGGCCUGGAUGGACAAGGCAGGCUGCCACUAAUCACCUCAGCCAUAUGGAACCCAGUCGCCAUCUCUCUGGACAUGCCUCGACGACUCCUGUACUGGGUUGACUCAAGGAUGCGCACCAUCUCGAGGGUUGGGUUCGACGGGCAGCAUCGCAAAACCGUGGUGGAGUCCAAUGGAUACCUGGACAGGCCCUUCGGAUUGGCAGUCAUUGAGGUAUAG